CGUUCAUAGGUCCUCCGAUCAUAUCCACACUUUGCAGGCGGACAUAUCAAUCCAACUCCCCGGAAUCGAAAUUCGCCCACCGCCUUCCAUGAUCUCCUUCAAGCUUCCAUAGCUAAUGGUUUCGCGCAGAGAGGGCGGACUUGAGGAUCAGCAAUGAAAGGCGUCUUCUCAGCGCCUGGCGAUUACAUCUACUUCAAGUCUCAGGUCCCUCUUCAUAAGAUCCCUAUUGGGUCAAGACAAUGGCGAUAUUAUGAUUUUGGCCCUAGAGUGGUUCCUCCACUCAUCUGUCUUCCUGGUAUAGCAGGAACAGCUGAUGUAUAUUACAAACAAAUCAUGUCAUUGUCCAUGAAGGGCUAUCGUGUAAUUUCGGUAGAUAUUGCCCGUGCGUGGAACCAUCGUGAGUGGAUUCAAGCAUUUGAGAAGUUUCUGGAUACUAUUGAUGUUCACCAUAUACAUUUAUAUGGCACAGCGCUUGGAGGAUUCUUAGCACAACUAUUUGCUCAGUAUCGCCCACGACGAGUUAAGUCACUGUUACUUUCGAAUACAUUCUUGGACACAUCUAGCUUCUCUGCUGCUAUGCCAUGGGCCCCAGUGUAAGUUACUUGCUAAUGCACAAGUUUGGGUUCUAUUUAAAUACUUACAUAGAAAAUUUCAUUGUUUUGACAACUUACGUAGUAUUAUCUAAAACCUUCUCUGACAGUUUGACCUUGAUUGGGAACAACAAAAACUGUCUGUUUUAGCUAAAGUUAGGGGGUAAAUAUAGGAAAAUGAGAAGUAAAAAAAUUGAUAAAAGACCCAUCUCAAACAAAUAAAUUCAAUCUAAGUAUUUGUUGAAAGCCAUUUUAUUUAUUUCUAUCUAAAGACUAAGAACCCUGAAUAGGUUUUUUUCUUCAUAAAUUAAUCAUUCAGUUUCCAUCACGUCUUUCCAAGGUAAAGUCAAUAAUAAGAACACAACUUUCAUUAGCCACCCUGCCCAUUUUCCCUAGCAGUUUCUAUCCUCCAAACAAACCCUAAUGGUUGGUAGUACCAUAAGAAAAGGCAAACACUGAGGACAUGCUAUAGACUCAAAAGAAAAGAAGUUUUGAAUAUACUAUCAGACUUGUGAUCUUUUUUUAUGCCAUGAAAGAUGAUUUUCUUUCUGAUGAAGUGUUGGCUGGACACCUGCUUUCCUACUGAAGCGGUAUGUCCUGACUGGAAUCAGAGAUGUCCCCCAAGAACCAUUUAUUGCAGAUUCUGUGGAUUUUGUUGUUUCUCAGGUUAAAUUAAGUCUUUACUCAAUA